CCAAAGCACAGCUACAUCUCUGGUGUUCACACUUCACUGGACUUGUAGAAUCAAAGUGGUGCAGUCAGUGCAGAUGUUGAGGCUCAGAAUAGAAACGCCCAGGACUCUAUUGUAGAGAGCAGGAGAACUAAUUCCUUCACAGUCCUCUGAAGGUCCCAUUGACCUGUCGGUUUCUCUCUCCUCCCGCUGGCUGGAUGGAUGCAGCCUGUUGAACACCAGCACACCUCCUCCUCCCCACCACUGCUCAAUACACCACUGAUUUCACCCAAUCCAGCCUUCAGAUCGCUCGGUCUGGUCCCACCCAUAUGUGAACAGCUUUUGUCACAAGUGAAGAAAAAAAAGUCCUUUUCAGUUUUCCUUCCCCCUCUCCUCCUCCCUCUCCUCCUCCUCCUCUUCCUCCCUCCCUCCUCAGCAUCAAGUGCAGCCUGAGCGCUUCGUCCCGGCUGCGACUCUCUCCCAGAAGAAGCGAUGAGGAGAAGGGAUCCGUCUCCCUGCUGAGACCAGGACGUCUGGGAUGCACUGACACCCUCUGUCUUUCUACUGGGAUCAUAUUUGUAUAUUUUUUAGGGAAAACAAACAAUACAUUCCGGAUUUGGCGGAUCCAUCAAUCGGAUGCAAGCAGAGCCAGGCCCAACUUAACGAUGGGCCCCAUACCCCUGUGUGUGCUGCUCCCGGUCGCGGUGCUGGCUGUGGUUGUGGCUGUAGCUGCUGAGGAGAACGCAUUGGACGACGAGUACACCUGGCCACAGUGGAAGGUGCCUCUGGUAAGGAAAAGACGCACGGUGCCUCUAAGCAGCCCAAACUUUUCAGCCCAUCUUCAGAAGGAGCUGAGUGGGACCUGUGGGAUCGAGUGUCAGCGUCGUCUCCCCGCCUCCUCCUUGGACGACCUGGAGCAGUUCCUGUCCUACGAGACGGUUUAUGAGAACGGCACGCGCACGUUCACCUCCGUUUCUGUGCAGGGCCUCAAUGAGGUGACAGUGUUGUCCAAAAACAUCUCGUCCAGCUCCCGCCAGAAACGCGAGGUGUAUGGCACAGACACCCGCUUCACCAUCUCCGAUAAGCAGUUCUCCACCAAAUAUCCCUUCUCCACCUCGGUGAAGAUCUCCACGGGAUGCUCUGGUGUUCUCGUGUCACCUAAACACGUGCUGACCGCUGCCCACUGCGUCCAUGACGGGAAGGAUUAUAUCGACGGGGUGCAGAAGCUGCGUGUUGGCAUUCUGAAGGAGAAGUCCAGACGAGGGAAAGGAGGCAAAGGGAGAGGAGGGCGAGGAAAGGGCAAAAGGAGAAAGGGAGACAAAGAUAAAGAGGAAGAGCAGGAAAAGGAAGAGGAUGAUGGGAAAGGGGAGCGUAAAGGAAAAGGGAGAGGUAGAAAGAGUCGUAGUCGGCGAAGUGCAGAAUCAGGGAAACCUUCGUUUAGAUGGACCGGGGUCAAGAAGACCCAGGUGCCUAAGGGCUGGUUCCAGGGACUGGCUGCGGAUUAUGACUAUGCUGUUUUGGAGCUGAAGAAAGCCCCAAAAGUCAAGCACAUGGAUCUGGGUGUCAUCCCCUCUGUCAAGAAGCUCCCUGCCGGGAGGAUCCACUUCUCCGGCUUCGACGACGACCGUCCUGACAACCUGGUGUACCGGUUCUGCUCUGUCUCGGACGAGUCCAAAGAUCUGAUGUACCAGUACUGCGACGCCAAACCCGGCUCCAGCGGCUCUGGGAUCUACAUCCGCCUCAAAGAGCCCGGCAAGAAGAAGUGGACGAGGAAGAUCAUCGGGGUUUUCUCCGGUCACCAGUGGGUGGAUGUAAACGGGGACGGGGUGCAGCAGGAUUACAACGUGGCGGUGAGGAUAACGCCUCUCAAAUACGCCCAGAUCUGCUACUGGGUCCACGGGGACUCGAGUGAGUGCCAGGUAGCCUAAGACAACACAGGAUCCCUCUUUAACCGCCACCUCGCUCCCAAGGGACACCCCACCUACUCUCCUCCCUCACCUCUCAUCACCAACCAGGGGCCCGGCGACUGCCUCUCCUCUUCCCGCCUCCUCUUACCUCCUGUGCCUCCCAGUGACUCCUGCUACACUGAUCUACACACACACACACACACACACACACAGGCCCUGUUCACACCUGGUAUUAACAUGCGUCCU